UUUGGCGCAUGCGCACUUUCAGUUUCCAAACUCGGGACCAUGGCAAUUUUAUUGAAAUGAUCGUUAUAUUGUUAUAUGUUCACAGAAAUUUUCUUAAUAUGCAUAGUUGUUUGUCCUUUCCGUAGGCAGCCGAGUAAAUACGUUUACACAUUUCUAUUUGAGACGCUCACCUUGUGAAAGGCGUCGAACGGGGAAAAAAAACUCCCAGCAGGUUUUUUUUUUUUAGGUUAUAACUUAUAUUUAUUGUAUUUAAUUUUACUUUAACUAUGGGCGUAGUUCUGCGGAAUCUGCAGAACGUGGUUCCCUUGAGACGCUCCAAACUGCGCAAAGAUGUGGAGAUCCUGAGGCACAUCUUUGGGGUCCAGAAGUUUGACAUGGGCAUCAUAUGUGUGGACAACCGCAGGAUUCAACGCUUCAACCACAUCUACAGGAAAAAGAACCAGCCCACAGAUGUACUGUCUUUCCCCUUCUAUGAGGAUCUGAGGCCAGGUAAAAUCCCAUGUGCCCUCCAAAGAGAUGAGUAUAACUUAGGCGACAUCUUCUUGGGUGUAGAGUAUGUAAUGCAACAGUGUAAAGAGACUUCCCAGGAUCUUCAUGAAGCACUAACAGUGGUCACUGCUCAUGGGAUCUGCCACUUACUGGGGUACAGACACGAAACUGAAGAGGAGUGGAAGGAGAUGCAGCAGAAAGAAAGUUACAUUCUCAGUGAGUUCAACAAGCUAACAGGCAGCCACCUCGAGCCACUCACAAAGAGAUGCACAUAGGACAUGUGACGUUACACACUGGACCGCUUCUUGAAAGAAACUCU